AUGCCGCGGAUUCGGACGCUAAACUCGCGCCCGCCGCCGGAGGGCUGGGAUAUGAUCUCCGACACGCUGGAAUCCCUGGAGGAGCGUAUGAAAGCCGCCGAGCGCGAAAGCGGCGAGGGAAAGCGGCGUAGCGAGGUGCAAUGGCCCAUCUUCCGCAUUCACCACGAGCGGUCGCGUUAUAUUUACGAGCUGUUUUACAAGCAGAAGGCCAUCUCAAGGGAACUGUACGACUACUGUGUCCGUGAAGGCUACGCGGACGCGCACCUCAUUGCCAAGUGGCGCAAACCCGGCUACGAAUGGCUGUGCUGCCUGCGCUGCAUCCAGACGGCGAAUCAGAACUUCGGCACCAGCUGCAUCUGCCGCGUUCCCAGCCGCGACCUGGAGCCAGGGAAGAUCAUCGAGUGCAUCCCUUGCGGGUGCCGCGGCUGCGCCUCGUGCGACGUCAAAAACGAGUGA